UAUACACUCAAAGUGCCUAAAGAAGCAAAAGCUCACAGCGGCUUCUGUCUGUUGAUUCCAUGUCAAUUCACGUCUCCUAAAGAAGUGGGGUCUUCACCUGUUGGCAUCUGGAGGUCUGUUUUAUAUGAUGGCACGGAGGUUUCAAGAAAUAACCAAUCACUAAACCUAUGGAGUAACCUCGAUGUUUUCUUGGUUGGUGACUUAAAACAAAAGAACUGCACGACCUUAUUAUACAGAAUCCAACCUGAGCACACAAGAGAGUAUUACUUCAGAGUAGAAGGCACCUUUAAAUAUACCUUUAAAACGCCUGUCAAUCUUACAAUUCAGGACUCUCUAGACAAGCCAGUGAUCGACACACCAGCUCAGAUGAUGGAGGACACAGUCGUAACUCUCAACUGCUCUGCUGCCGCUCCUUGUGCCGACGAGAAUCCCUCCAUCCGGUGGGGCAACCUUCUGAACGGGAAUGCGACUCAGAGCGAGACCACCAGGGCUGAUGGAAACAAAGACGUGCUGUCCAUCCUGACUUUCAGAGCCUCCUUUCUUCACAACAAGAAGACCCUCACCUGCAUAGCUCAGUACACCGUGGGGUCUGUGAACAAAACAGCAAAGGAGACCACAGCCCUUAAUGUCCUCUAUGCACCCAAGAAGACCUCAGCUUCAAGUCAAGCUGGUGGAGUUUUAGAAGGUCAGUCUGCGACUCUGAACUGCAGCUCAGAAGCAAACCCACCGGUGGGCCAGUACACCUGGUUCAGAGGGAAUGAAGAGACCCCGAUAGGCACAGGACGAACUCUGACCUUCAGUCAAGUGACGAUCAGUCAGGCCGGAGCGUAUUACUGUCAGGCAAGAAACACACAUAGAGCUGAGACGUCACCGCCUGUGACACUGGACGUGCUGUAUCAUCCAAGAAACACGUCUGCUGUCACAAAUGUUCAUGGAGUGAUAUCAGCUGGCACGUCUGUGACACUGAGCUGCACCUCCAAGGCCAACCCACCUGCCAAUUACACCUGGUUUAAGGUAGACGGACCCUCCGAUUCACCCCGAGGAUUCAGACAGGAGCUGCUCAUCCGUAAAGCUACGCAAACCGACAGCGGGAGUUACGUCUGUCAGGCGGAGAAUCAGUAUGGACGAGAAAACUCGACAGCUUUGACCCUGGAGGUCAUGUGUGCAUGAGGUCCAACAAAAAAGGUGAACAUGGAACCAACAUGAAGUCGUCUGAGCAGACACAGAGUCCACCACCACAGGAAGGAGAGAACGGCCAUUAUGAAGCUUUACAGAGAAGAGAGGCAUCAGUCUAUGAAACGAUAGAG